AUGGCUACAAUGGCGUCGAGGGCCAAGAUCACUAGGCUUCUCAGCAAACUGACCCACAAAACUCCGAGUUUAGCUUCUGGGUUUCGCUCUAAUGGCGCUAGAGGGCAGAUUCGGGUCAACCCAUUUGGUGUUUCCGGGUUUCCAUUAUCAUCUUCGGCAGCUCCUCUGGAAUCGAACGUGAUGGGUUCGAAAGAUUACGAGGAUUACAGGAGAUCGCUCUCUUGGCAGAUUGGUGAUAAAUAUGGGGUUGAGUACUCCGAAGCUGAGAUAUUGAACAGAUAUAUGUGGGCUUAUGAGCAGCCUUGGGGUAGAUCUAGACUAAGAUAUGUUAAUGAUGGGCGACACUGGUUUGAUGCUAUGGCAGUUUCAGCUGAAGUUGAAGCAGAGAAGCCAAAUCCCACCAUAUUUCUGAGAGCUUGUGAGUUGUUGGCAGUAGAACCUGAAGAUGUCGUUCAUGUAGGGGAUGAUCGUAGAAAUGAUAUAUGGGGUGCCAGAGAUGCAGGUUGCGAUGCUUGGCUUUGGGGAAGUGAUGUUCAUUCACUUGUAAAUCCUAUGAUUCAAUAA